AUGUCAUGGCUUCAUUCCCCACAAUUACCCGACAAAGAGCGGAUUAUUAUGCUCGUCGAAGAGUAUUUUGCUCAUGUUCACCCCUUACGUUGCUUUGGAUUUGUGCAUAAGCCUUCCUUCAUGCAGCGAUUGGACGAAGAUCUAGAAUCUUGCUGCAAUGAUGAAUCACUGCUUCAUAUUAUCUGUGCGCUGGGAGCAAAGUUCUUCGCUCUUGAUUAUGCUUCCCAAUUUCCCCCGGAAUUAAUACUUACUGCCGGUAAUCAGUGGGCGAAAAUCGCCAAGGCUCGAGUAUUUGCGGACUUGGAUGAUCUGUGUCUGGAAAAGUUAAUGUCUGCAAUUCUGCUGUAUGAUCAUGACCUUCGAGUUGGAAGCUAUGCAAGUGCGUUCAUUCUUAGUGGCAUCACUGCCAGGAUAUCACAAGCAUUGCAGCUCAAUCUUGAGAGUUCUGCCGAUAUUCUUUGUACUCGCCCGAACUCCAACUCUCCGAUUACGAAUGAAUCUAAGCGGCGUCUGAUGUGGAGCUGUUAUGUCAUGGACAGUUGGGUAGGCAGCGGUGUCAAUCAGCUUACUCUCCUUGAAGACAAAGAUUUGGAGAUUCAGCUCCCUUGUCACAGCCACAACUUUUCUUUGGGAAUUCCCUGCAUCACCGAAAUUUUAGAUGUGGGAAAGAUUCUGGCGUUCAUUCCGAGAGAACAGAUUUAUUUUCAAGCAGCGCAGAAUAUGGGCAUAGAAGCUUAUUUUAUUCGCCUUGUGGGCAUUCGAAAAAGAGUUCUUCGAUAUGUCAAACAGCUUGAUAGCACGAAACCCCCCUGGGAAACUGAUUCCGAAUUCCAACAAUUAUCGACCGAAAUCGGAAGCUGGCGAGAACAUCUCCCACAUAGUCUCAAGUGGCACUCUGGUGCAAUUUGGGCCCGCAAAGAAGCUUCACAACUAGGCGCAUUGACACUGCUUUGGUGCACCUAUCACCAAACGUCGGUCGAUCUAUAUCGGAUUGGUAUGCCAAUACUUUUCCGCAUCAGACGACAUGUUGAGUUUCCAUCAGAUCAGAAAGCACUUUUGGACAAUUGUUGCAGAUUAUGCUUUAACAGCGCUCGAGAAGUUUCUAAGACUAUUGCCGAAGCCUCGAAACAUGGGAUCAAAGCUUUGGCUGAUACCUGGCUUUGCAUCAUUGCACAUGAUAGCAUUAAGGUCAUGCUUUAUUAUUUGAGACAUAUCACUGACUCAUCGGUUACUUUGAGCGCAUCUGAGUCGGAGGAAACGAUGAUGCUGGCGAAGAGUAAUUUAGAUGCCCUCAUGCAAAUGAGACCUCUUGUUGCAACAGCUGAGCAUUGUUAUCUUUCUGCUGUCAAGAUGAUGACUUCAACAGACCCACAAUCCUAUCCUUCACAUAAUUCUAUAAGUGAGCGAGAUCUAGAAGGAAAUGGGGAAAUAUCUUCCCUUCCAGACUCACCUGUUCAAGAAUCUCCGGAGGCUGUGUUGAACCCACUAGCAAUUUAUCGCAUGGCGCGAACAGCUUUACGUGGCAAAGAUACACGAGGGUCAAAUUCGGGUUCUCCUUCGACCACUCAUAGCGUCUCGUCUGAAAUACCGCAAUCCACAAGGAGUCUUCUACGGGCGACGAAGUGUGCCGCCUGUUCAUAA